GAUAUCAAACAGCUAGCCAGUGCUUUGAGUUCAGUGAAACUUUCGGAGAAUUCUCUCAUUCGCAUCCUGUGGCCCAAAGAAAAGUGUCGGCUGCUGAGGGAGGAUGUAAUAUUGGUGGAUAGUCCUGGUAUCGACGUCACACCAGAUCUCGACCUCUGGAUCGACAAGUUUUGCCUCGAUGCUGAUGUCUUUGUGCUGGUUGCGAAUGCAGAGUCCACUUUGAUGCAGACAGAGAAGAACUUCUUCCACAAAGUCAGUUCCCGCCUGUCCCAGCCCAAUGUGUUUGUGCUGCAGAACCGAUGGGAUGUGUCAGAGAUGGAAGAGGACAUUGACCAGGUCAAGCAGCAGCACAUCGACAGAAAUACUGCUUUCUUGGCCGACGAGCUCAAGGUCACAGACAGGAAGGCAGCCAAGGACAGAGUGUUCUUUGUUUCGGCCCGGGAAGCCCUGGCUUCUAGGUUAAGCUGUGACAAGGGUAUAGCUACUCCAGAGAGAGUUCUCCUUCCUGGGUUCCAAGCCAGACUUUUCGAAUUUGCCAACUUUGAGAAAGAGUUUGAGAUGUGCAUCUCUCACUCGGCAGUAAAGACCAAGUUUGAGCAGCACACCAAGAGAGCACACCUCAUUAACUCAGAGUUGAGAUCUGUUAUGGAGGAGGCAUACACAAAAAGUCUGACUCUACAAGAUGACCAACAACAGCUUCGCAGAGAAAAGUCCGAGAGGUUGAAUAAGUUGGAUAAAGAGUUGGAUAUGUUGACUGCUGAUGUGAAGAAGAAGAUCCGAGCAAUGGUAGAGGAUGUGGAAAGAAAGGUUUCUGCGGCCCUCAACGACGAGAUCAGAAGAUUGUCAUUGUUAGUGGAGGAGUUUGAGAGACCCUUCCAUCCAGAUCCAGUGUUUCUCAGCAGUUACAAGAAGACCGUCUGUCAGAAAUCUUGCCUGAAGAAAACAAAGCUCACCUGA